AUGUACCCGCGAACACAAACACUUUUUGAACACAACAUUUCCCUUACCAAUGUCGAUAUCGAUGUUGACUACGACGGGCUGAUCUCCUACAGCGCUCCGGAGGGUCAGCUCAUGAUGCCCCCUGGUUAUCCCAUUGCCAGCCUCAACGACUCCACGUAUGACGGGGCGCACGAGAGGAGGAGGCUGCUAGGCGGGCUGGGCCAGCUGACGGACGGUGUGAUCGGCCUGGACGACUUCCUGCUGACCCGGCAGUACCACGUGUGGCCGGGCUACGACUACCUGGGCUGGAGGAACGACUCUCUGGGAAGUCAGGGGUUCGUGGAGAUGGAGUUUGUGUUCGACAGGAAGAGGAACUUCACCUCCAUGAAGGUUCACAGUAACAACAUGUUCCGCCGCGGUGUGAAGAUCUUCUCCUCCGUUUCCUGCUGGUUUAAGCCCCGCCUCGUUGCAGACUGGGAGGCGGAGCCUGUGUCGUUCAAGACUGUGCUGGAUGAUAGGAACCCAAGCGCCCGCUACGUCACCGUGCCACUGAACCGCCGCGCAGCCAAAUUCCUCCGCUGCCGCUUUUACUUUGCCGAUUUCUGGAUGAUGUUCAGCGAAAUCUCCUUUCAGUCAGAGGAUACCAUACUCCCUACUCUGAUACCCAUUGUGUCGACCGUCCCUCCAAUCAAGAAGGAGAGCACCAUGUCAACCCCAUCUGUGAUGACAGGUAUUCCCUUUGACCUUACCCUUUUCAUUUCACAUAAAAGAAUCCCUCAAAUGGAAACACAUAAAAGCUAG